AUGAGUGAUCAAAGGUCUUUGCAAGAAGAUAAGCACAAGGUUAGCAGAACGUCCUCCAAGUUCAGGGAGUCUUCGAGAAGCAUGCAAUCUGACGAUUAUUUCGCUAGAAAACUUAAAGCCUUGAAUGGUAGCAUGGGUCCUCCUGUUUCUUCAAAUGCCUCUAGCAAAGCUGAAAAUAAUCAAACAAAUGGUACACCAGCCGUGCCUAAAAUGGGUGUUCGAGCAAGGGUAUCUGAAUGGCCUCCUAAAAAGGAUUGCUCUAAGGAACUGAGUAAAGCUGCUUGGGAAAACAGACCUCCAGCCAGUUAUGAAGGUGGUGGCUCAGUGCUUCCAAAUGCACAAAAUGACCAAAGCGAUGAACAGCAAGAAGAGCUAGAACUGGAAUUUGCAGAGGGAAAAUACUCAAUUGGAGAUCUUUUUGUUCAUUCACCUCAAAGGGGGCUUCAUCCCAUACGGCAAAGAAGCAACAGUGAUGUGACAAUAAGUGAUAUUGAUGCUGAAGAUGUGUUAGACCAAAAUGCUGUAAACCCAAAUACUGGAGCAGCUCUUCACAGAGAAUAUGGCAGUACUUCUUCAAUUGAUAGACAAGGCUUGUCUGGAGAAAAUUUUUUUGCAAUGCUGAGAGGAUACAGAGUGGAAAAUUUUGAACAUAAAACCAUUGCUCCUUUUGGAUUUUCUGAGUUUUUCCACUGUGAUCCUACGGUUUCUCCGAGUCUACAUGCUGCUGCACAGAUUUCCAGGGGAGAAUUUGUCAGGAUUUCUGGGUUAGAUUAUAUGGAUAGUGCCCUACUUAUUGGUCGAGAAAGGGAGAAAUCUUUCAAGAGGAGACUUAAAUCAGAAGCAGUAGAAACAUCUCUGUUUAGAAAAUUGCGAACAGUUAAAAGUGAGCAUGAAACUUUUAAGUUUUCAUCAGACCUGGAUGAUAGACUUGACAGAAAUGUUCGUUCUUGGAACUGUCAGAAAUGUUUUGCACAUUAUGAUGUUCAGAGUGUUUUGUUUAACAUAAAUGAAGCAAUGGCUACCAGAGUAAAUGUAGGAAAAAGAAAAAAUAUCACCACUGGAGCUUCAGCUGCAUCACAAACUCAGAUGCCAGCAGGCCAGAGUGGAAACUGUGAAUCUCCUUUGGGAAGCAAAGAGGACCUCAACUCAAAAGAGAAUUUAGAUGCUGAUGAGGGCGAUGGGAAAAGUAAUGACUUAGUAUUGAGUUGCCCUUACUUCAGGAAUGAAACUGGUGGGGAAGGAGAUAGACGAAUUGCACUUUCUAGGGCAAAUUCAGCAUCUUUUUCUUCAGGUGAAAGUUGUUCCUUUGAGUCCUCUCUGAGUUCUCAUUGCACAAAUGCUGGUGUUUCAGUACUGGAGGUACCAAGAGAAAAUCAGUCCAUUCACAGAGAGAAAGUGAAGCGUUACAUCAUAGAACAUAUUGAUCUUGGAGCAUAUUAUUACCGCAAGUUCUUCUAUGGAAAAGAGCAUCAGAACUACUUUGGAAUAGAUGAAAAUCUUGGACCUGUUGCAGUCAGCAUCCGGAGGGAAAAGGUUGAAGAUGUGAAGGAGAAAGAAGGAUCUCAGUUCAACUAUCGUAUCGUUUUCAGGACAAGUGAGCUUACUACACUUAGAGGAGCAAUUUUAGAAGAUGCCAUACCAUCCACUGCUCGUCAUGGCACGGCAAGAGGUCUGCCUCUCAAAGAGGUGCUUGAGUAUGUAAUACCAGAGUUGAGCAUCCAGUGCUUGAGACAGGCAUCCAACUCGCCCAAAGUACCUGAGCAGCUGCUUAAACUGGAUGAGCAAGGGCUGAGUUUUCAACAUAAGAUUGGUAUCCUUUACUGCAAAGCAGGCCAAAGCACAGAAGAAGAAAUGUAUAACAACGAGAUGGCAGGACCAGCUUUUGAAGAGUUCCUUGAUCUACUGGGCCAGAGAGUACGGCUAAAAGGAUUCAGUAAAUAUAGGGCUCAGCUAGAUAAUAAAACUGAUUCAACAGGAACUCAUUCCCUCUAUACUACCUAUAAAGAUUAUGAAUUAAUGUUUCAUGUAUCAACAAUGCUUCCAUACAUGCCCAGUAACAGGCAACAGCUGCUAAGGAAAAGGCAUAUAGGAAAUGACAUAGUUACCAUUGUCUUCCAAGAGCCAGGAGCACUUCCUUUUACUCCAAAAAAUAUUCGUUCCCACUUUCAACAUGUAUUUGUCAUUGUCAAAGUGCAUAAUCCUUGCACUGAAAAUGUGUGUUAUAGUGUUGGUGUUUCACGAUCAAAAGAUGUUCCCUCAUUUGGUCCACCCAUUCCCAAAGGAGUAACUUUCCCCAAGUCUGCAGUCUUUAGGGACUUCCUUUUAGCCAAAGUUAUUAAUGCUGAAAAUGCAGCACAUAAGUCAGAAAAAUUUCGAGCCAUGGCCACAAGGACACGUCAAGAAUACUUGAAAGAUCUGGCAGAAAACUUUGUUACCACAGCUACAGUGGAUACUUCAGCCAAGUUCAGCUUUAUUACUUUAGGGGCAAAAAAGAAGGAAAAAGUGAAACCAAGGAAGGAUGCACAUCUAUUCAGUGUUGGAGCAAUUAUGUGGAAUGUGAUUGCCCGAGAUUUUGGCCAGUCUGCUGACAUUGAAUGUCUCCUUGGAAUCUCCAAUGAGUUUAUCAUGUUGAUUGAAAAGGAAUCAAAAAAUGUUGUGUUUAACUGCUCCUGCAGAGAUGUUAUUGGAUGGACAUCUGGCUUAAUGAGCAUCAAAAUAUUUUAUGAAAGAGGAGAAUGUAUUCUUCUGUCUGCAGCAGAUAAUUGUACUGAAGACAUCAGAGAAAUUGUUCAAAGACUUGAAAUAGUGACCAGAGGAUGUGAAACCACGGAAAUGACCCUGCGGAGAAAUGGGCUUGGCCAGCUUGGAUUCCACGUGAACUUUGAAGGGAUAGUGGCAGACGUGGAGCCCUUUGGGUUUGCAUGGAAAGCAGGGCUACGGCAAGGGAGCCGCCUGGUCGAGAUCUGUAAAGUGGCUGUGGCAACUCUGACACACGAGCAAAUGAUCGACCUCUUACGCACCUCGGUGACGGUGAAAGUGGUGAUUAUUCAACCCCACGAAGAUGGAGCGCCCCGAAGGGGUUGUUCAGAACUUUGUCGUAUACCCAUGGUGGAAUACAAACUUGACAGUGAAGGCACCCCAUGUGAGUAUAAAACCCCUUUCAGAAGGAAUACCACUUGGCAUCGGGUGCCGACUCCCGCUGGGCAGCCUCUCUCUCGUGCCUCUCCAAUCCUAGGAACAUCUGACAGACUGCAGUGCCAGCAGCUUCUCCAGCAGGCUCAGACAGCCAUUCCUCGUAGCACUUCCUUUGAUAGAAAGCUGCCAGAUGGUGCAAGAAGUUCUCCAAGCAACCAAUCCUCAUCCAGUGACCCAGGACCUAGCGGGAGCAGCCACUGGAGACAGCAAGUGGGAUAUGAUGGAUGCCAGUCCCCUUUACUCCAUGAACAUCACCAAGGUUCAGGCUCACUGGAGUGUGAAGGAGGCAGAGACCGAGAGGACACUUUGGAAGGAACUAGACAUUCUGAAGCCAAGUGGCAUGCACCAUCGACCAAAGUCCUGAGCUCCUACAAAGACCGAGCUUUACAGAAAGAGGGUGGUGGCAAGGAAUCGCCAAACAAGCUUUCACAUAUUGGGGACAAAAGCUGUUCAAGUCACUCCAGCAGCAACACCUUAUCCAGCAAUACGUCCAGCAACAGUGAUGAAAAGCACUUUGGUUCUGGAGACCUGAUGGAUCCCGAGCUGCUUGGAUUGACGUAUAUAAAGGGGGCUUCUACAGACAGCGGGAUCGAUACGGCUCCCUGCUUGCCAGCUCCUCUGCUGGCCCCUCUGCACCUGGCUGGCAGCAGGGCUGGAGUGCACUGUCACACGGAGCCGUGGACAGAGGCUCCAGAGCCUCCCGGGCCGGAUGAUGAUCCAGCUAAAAUCUAUGCUGUUCACACCUAUGCUUCUGCUAUCUCAGCCAGUCAUACGGCUGAAGGCAGCAUGGGGGACCUGAGUGAAAUCUCCUCUCAUUCCAGUGGGUCACAUCAUUCAGGAAGCCCAUCAACACACUGUUCUAAAAAGAGUGGCUCCCUAGAUACCUCCAAAGUUUAUAUAGUGUCACAGAAUAGUAGUCAACAGAUGUCUGGGUCGAUUUCAAAACCAUACCACAGACAAGGAGCAGUGAGUAAAUAUGUCAUUGGCUGGAAAAAAUCGGAAGGAAGUCCUACACCUGAAGAAUCUGAAGUUUCAGAAUGUCAUGAAGUAUAUGAUGAUAUUGAUGCUGUGACUGCAUCGAGUCCACUCCAAACUUCAGUCAGGAAUGCUAUUGUUGAAAGCCAGCAAGUCUUGUCCAAAGAAGAUUUUCUGAAGUUGAUGCUGCCAGACAGCCUCUCUAUGGAGGAAGGGAGAAGAAAGUUUUCAUUUUAUGGAAACCUUUCCCCACGGAGAACACUUUACCGCACCCUCUCUGAUGAAAGCAUAUGUAGCAAUCGAAGGGGAUCUUCCUAUGCCAGCUCUCGAAGCUCAGUGAUAGACCAGGCCUUGCCAAAUGAUAUCUUGUUCAGCACUACUCCACCAUAUCACUGCACGUUGCCUCCCAGAAUGAGCCUGACUCCUGGAAUGGGAAAUCUGAGAAAUGAAUUGUGGUUCUCAGAUGGGUCCUUAUCUGAUAAAGCCAAAUUCAAUGAUCCUGGCCUGAUGCCCCUGCCAGACACUGCCACAGGGCUAGACUGGUCUCACCUGGUAGAUGCUGCACGAGCGUUUGAAGGUUUUGACUCAGAUGAAGAAUUUGGGCCGUUCUGUCAUCAGAUGCCGUUUCUAGAUCAGAGGGUAGCAUCUUUUUGCACCUUGAAUGAUAUGCAGCAAGCUCAGGGCUUGGAAGGAGCACAAGAGUUACCUUUGGAUGAGAGUCCCCCAGAUGGUAAAGAUUUUCUUGAAGAUGCUGGGGAACAUGCUCCAAGUACUCUGACUGGCAAAGUAAACCAGCUGGAAGUCAUCCUCCGGCAGCUACAAACUGAUCUGAGAAAGGAAAAACAGGACAAGGCAGUUCUCCAAGCAGAGGUACAGCACCUGAGACAAGAUAACAUGAGACUUCAGGAAGAGUCUCAAACAGCAGCUGCUCAACUGAGGAAAUUUACAGAAUGGUUUUUUAAUACAAUAGACAAAAAAUCCUAA